AUGAAAGGACUAUGGUCUUUAAAAUGUUCAUCGAACGAUCCAUAUGACAUAUUCUUGGUUGUGACCUUUAUAAACGAGACACGCUUCUUGGCAAUCAAUAAGGAAAACAAAUUGGUAGAAACACCUAUAGAAGGAUUUAAUUCAGAAACACAGACUCUGGUCUGCGAAAGUGCCAUCCACAAUCAGCUUAUACAGGUUACUGCGCAAUCUGUCAGAUUAGUCAGCUCUACUUCUCGAGAUUUACUGGAUCAAUGGUUUGCACCAACAGGAUUUCCAGUCAAUGUUGCAGCAGCUAAUGCGUGCCAGGUUUUGUUGGCAACUGGUGGUUUCCAUCUCAUCUACCUAGAAAUUACCAACUCUAAGUUGGUGGAAGUGAAGCAUGUAGAGCUUGAGCAUGCGAUUUCUUGUCUUGACAUAAACCCAAUCGGUGAGAAUCUACAAUAUAGCUCCCUUGCAGCUGUUGGGAUGUGGACAGAUACAAGUGUGAGGAUAUUUUCACUCCCUGGCAUUGAACUAAUUAGGAAGGAGAAUUUGGGUGAAGUUGUUCAUCGUUCUGUUCUGCUGUGUACUAUUGAAGAGGUGUCGUACUUGUUCUGUGCUCUUGGAGAUGGUCACCUCUUUAGUUUUGUGUUGAACAUAAGUACAUGUGAACUAUCAGAUAGAAGCAGGGUCUCCUUGGGGACACAACCAAUCAGCCUCUGUAAAUUCUUAUCUCAUGAUAAAACUCAUGUGUUGGCUGCAUCAGAUAGGCCAACUAUCAUAUGCAGCAGUGACAAGAAGUUACUCUAUAGUUAUGUCAACUUGAAAGAAAUGAACCACGUGUGCCCUUUUAAUACAGUUAUUUUUCCAGAAAGCAUUGCGAUAGCUAAAGAAGCUGAACUUUCAAUUGGUGCAAUUAACUACUCCAGAAAGCGUCAUAUCCACACAAUCCCCUUGAAUGAGCAUGCACGCCGCAUCUGUCACCAGGAACAAUCUCAAACACUUGCACUCUGCAGUUUCAAGAACAAGUACAUGCAUGGAGUGAGCGAGACACAUUUUGUUCGUCUAUUAGACCAUCAGACUUUUGGGAUUUUAUCAACACAUAGUCUUGAUGCUUUUGAAUGUGGUUGCUCAAUCAUCAGUUGUUCAUUUUCUGAUGAUGAUAAUUUCUACUAUUGUGUGGGAACAGCAUAUGUUUUGCCCAUGGAAGAUGAACCCACAAAGGGGCGGAUCCUGGUUUUUUUAGUUAAAGAAGGGAAGUUACAACUAAUCAAAGCGAAGGAAACCAAAAGAGCUGUCUAUUCGCUUAAAUCAUUCAAUGGGAAAUUAUUGGCUGCUAUUAAUCAGAAGAUCAGAUUGUACAAGUGGGUGCAGCGAAAUGAUAUGUCACAUGUACUACAAUUUGAGUGUGCCCAUGAUGGCCACGUAUUAUCUUUGUAUACUCAAACACGUGGUGAUUUCAUCUUGGUUGGAGACUUGAUGAGAUCAUUAUCGUUGCUGAUAUACAAGCACGAAGAAGGCACGAUUGAAGAGGUGGCUAGGGAUUUAAACACAAACUGGAUUACUGCAGUUGAGAUGCUGGAUGAUGAUAUUUAUAUUGGUGCAGACAAUUGCUGUAACCUAUUUACCGUGUGCAAGUCCCCAUAUGGGUUCCUUGAGCCCGUUGGGGAGUACCAUCUGGGGGACGUGGUGAAUAGGUUGCAUCACGGUUCUCUGGUUAUGCACCACGCAGAUUCGGGGACAGGCCAGUUUCCUUCAGUCAUCUUUGGCACGGUCAAUGGCGCCAUCGGUGUGAUUGCCUCCCUUCCAUAUGACCUAUAUGCGUUCCUAGAGAAGCUGCAGUCCGUCCUUGUGAAUUUCGUCAAGGGUGUUGGUAACCUUAGCCAUGCAGAAUGGCGGUCAUUCUGUAACGCCAGGAGGACCAGUUCAGCCCGGAACUUCGUGGAUGGUGAUCUGAUUGAAUCUUUCUUCAGUCUGAGCCCAAGCCAGAUGGUGGAGGUUGCGUGCGCGAUGGGUGUCCCUCCGAUUGAGUUGUAUAAGAAAGUGCAGGAGUUGAUCAAUCCACACUAG